CGGCGGGGGAGCGUGUUGGCGGGCGGACCGGGGCGGGCGCGGGCCGCCAUGGCGUCGCCCCCGCUGUCGGCGGCGGGCGGGAGCGGCGGCGAGCUCAGCUCGGGCUCCGAGGCGGCGGCCGCGGGCGCCGCGCUGCCGGACCGGGACCUGCCCGCGCUCUUCGAGCAGGCGGCCGAGCGGCUCCCCUCGCUGCUGCCCGCCGCCAGCAAGGAGCAGCUGCUCUAUCUGUACGCCCGCUACAAGCAGGUGAAACUUGGAACCUGUAACACCCCCAAGCCAAGCUUCUUUGACUUUGAGGGAAAGCAGAAAUGGGAGGCUUGGAAAGCCCUGGGAGAUACCAGCCCUCACCAAGCCAUGCAGGAGUACAUCGCUGCAGUGAAAAAACUCGACCCCAGUUGGAAUCCACAGACACCAGAGAAGAGGGGAAAGGAAACCAAAACUGUAUUUGGAGGCCCAGUCAUCAGCUCAUUAUAUCAAGAGGAAGAAAUAAUCAGGGAAGAGGACAAGAACAUUUUUGAUUACUGCAGAGAAAACAACAUUGACUAUGUAACCAAAGCCAUUCAAUCAAAAAAAGUGGAUGUGAAUGUCACUGAUGAGGAGGGCCGGGCUCUGCUCCACUGGGCGUGUGACAGAGGACACAAGGAGCUGGUUUCAGUUCUGUUACAGAACGCUGCUGACGUGAACAUCCAGGUCAAGGUAUUAAGCAAGAGCAAAGACCAUCCCUAUCCCAAAGAAAUCAUCUUGGCAUCAGCUGCAGUGCCACAGGUAGUGCAAAUGGAAAGGCUGAGUGAAUGGAAGUAAGAGAACAAAACAGAGAUCAGCAGAAAAAUGGUAUUCUUGGCUCAUGGCUUCCCCAGGCAGUGCCAGACACGGUGACACGGAGGGUCAUGGCAGAAGGACUCUUACUGAGGAUUUAAAGGAUGGGAAGGUGUCAUUACUGAGGACUUCUGGCAAAGGAUAAACACGUGAAUUCCUUGCUUAAAUCAAUGGGACUUUUACUGGCAUGUGUCCUAGGGCUGAGUGUGUCCCUUGCUGGGAUCAGUUAAAAAAAAACAAAACCUGCAAAUGCUGCAUUUUACCAAGUCCAUUGGGAGGAAGAAUCAGUGAUGGAGAAGAAAUGGGAGACUUUUCAUAGAGAAAAAGAGAAAAUUGCUUCAUUUGCAUAGGAAUGUAUCACAGCUGUACCCCAUGCAGAAAAUAUUUCCUUCUGGGAUAGGGUGGUUUAAAAACACAGUCACCAGCUGCAAAAUUGGUUCUGACUCCAGCAGACAAUGGCACUCAUUUCUGGAUGGAUGAUGCUUUCAAUCUUGUGCCCAGCUUCUGAAAACACCAGGUAGAGUUCUGGUCUCCAGGACAUCAUCUUCCAGUUAAACAUAGGAGUUUGGCUGUUUCUAAACAAAGAAUUUCUCAGCACUAUUCCCAAACUGGGGGAAUUGUCCAUCUAGAUUUGGCAACCCCAACUCAUCUUGUUUGACAUGGCUGCUUGAUGGCUUCAAUGGUAGCAUCUCCUGCAUCAUCAGAUAGCACAGAAACAUCUUUUCUGUCAUCAGUUGGUCUUUGAGACAUUUGGUUUGUAGCUGGUGCUACACUCCAGAGGCUCAGGUGUGUGUCCUGGGAAUCUGGAGUUGUAGCAAGUCACAGGUGAUCCAGGAAAUCAGAAAUACAACUUUGAGGGUGCCUGGCGUGCUUUUAGCAAAAAUCCGGGCAGAUGAAUGGUUCUUUCAUCAUGUUGGCUUUCAGGAACGACAGCUGUGGAGAAGUAACAAGGCACAAAAAAGGAGAGUUUCACCCUCUUUAAUUGGCUUAAGAAAUUCUCUUGAAAAUGUGAGUUCUAGUUAUUGCUACUACCAUUAAUUUAUAUCCUCCUCUAACCUUAAUCUAAUCCAAUAUCUAAAUUGUGGUGUCCUGGCCAGGUGUGGUUGUUCCUAUUCCAGCACGAGCCUUUUUGUUUCUUCUCUUUUCAAAACACUUAACCAGUUUUCACCUCCAUUUCUCUCCCAUAUUCGUCAUAGCUACAGGUCUACAAAAUGUUAGGUGUUGUCUCUUCAAUACCAUUUAGGAAGAAGAGAGGAAUGUAGGAAAUAUCUGAUCUUUAGCGCUGAGGGUUCUUUCCUGCUUAAAAAAAAUCCUAAGCAGUGUUUUAACAUAAGAUUCAGGAGGUUUCAAAGAGACAUCAGUUAAACCUGCCUGCUCAGUGAGAGCCAACAAGUGGAUCUUUCAGAUGUCUGAGUGUUCCCUGGGGGUUCACAUUAUUAAUAUCUGCCUUAUGACAAGGUGGCUGUGCUGAUGCCAGGCUUUUUUUCCCAGCCGGCAUGAUUAAUUUUUCCUUCCUUUCUUAAUAUCUCCGAGCCAGAUGCUUCUAAAUGUCCUCACAGGGUGGAUUGCUGUUCUUAGCUACUCCUCCUUCCCCCUACCCCUUUCCAACUAAUUCAUAUAAUGGCUCUGGAGAUGCAUUUUGUAGCAUCACAAAAAGCAAAACUUUGAAAGCCUCCUAAGGUGAUGGACUUGACACGUGCAGCUCUGGCCUCCCGACGUUCCUGGUGGGCUUGAAAGCUUCAUGCCAGGUAGUCUGUCAAGAACAUUUCCCAAUUCAGAGUGUGCUUAUUUGCCUAGCACUUUACAAAUUAUAUCCAUGCAGAAGUGCUGAAGUGCAAGUAUUCCUGGUGGGAAGGUUGACAGCGGGGUGUUGCACUGACGUUUUGGAGACGGGAAAUUUUGGCCGAGGCAGAGGAGGAACGCUUGCAUUAUUUAUGGAAGGUGCAGUGGAUCUUCAAGCACUGAUUUAUUUUAAGGCCUUCAAAACAUUGUGGUGCUCAAAAAGGUCUUUAUUCUGCAAAUGGAAAUUAAUUCUCCUUCACAGAUCUGGUUCCACAGUGCAGCUGCACAGGCCUGAGUGGUACCAGCUGAGAGGGAAGACCUUAGCAAGCUCUACAGCUUGUUCCUAAGGUGUUCCUGCUUAGCAAACUGAUAUCCAUCAGUUUCCUCCAUGUAAUAGAUUUGUGGGUCUUCUGUAUUUAUCCUCAGUGGUUUUCAGUCAUUAGUGCAUUCACCUGCAUCGGAGGGGAUUUUUCCUGGGGGAAGCUGUCGUAAUACGACACGAAAAGAUGAUAUGGACACUGCUGCUCUCCAGGUGAAUAAAAAAGAGGGACUUUUAUUUUCUGACUCUAACAUUUA